AUGAUAUCUGUUCAGUGCAAUUAUAUGAAUUCUUUAGAUGACUUAAUUAAACCAGAAAAAUUUAAGAAAAAUGUAUUAAAAAGUCUAAACUUUUUGGAAAAUACAUUACCUCCCAAUAGUCAUGUUGUGUUAAUGGGUUUAGUAAAUGGUUCUUUUAUUUAUCCUACAAUGGCAAAACAUUUACAUCCUCUAGGACAAGUAAAUAAAGAUGUAACUUAUGACGACUUAUAUAAUUGGUUUAAUUUUAUGAAAAUUGGUCCGUGUUAUCAAUGGUUGAAUAAAAAUGAAACUAUAAGAACAGCUACUUCAAAGAGAGGAGAGGAACUUUCCAAUGUCUUAAAACAAAUAAGUGUUUCAUAUAAAUUCAAGUCAUUUAAACUCCAUUAUAUGCAUAAUCCAUUACAUCAAGUAAUGUGUGAAUGGCAACAAUCAGGAUAUUUAAUAUGGGAAAUGUUAGAACUGAGUUUUAGCUUUCAUCCUUUACAGAAAUUACAUCCUUUUAUUACAAAAGUAAUUUGGAGAGAACUAGUAGAAAGAAAUAUUGUUGGUAAAGCUAAUCCAAAUAAUGAAAUGAUUCAAAUACUGUUUGGUAAUCAAGGUGGACAUUAAAUCAUUCUAAACAUAAUUUAUCAAAAAAAUACACCACCCUACACCAGGAUAUAUGUAACAACAGAGAGAACUGAUUUCUGGUGUGUAUAAUACAAAAAAACGAACACUGCACAAACAUUU